AUGGGUAAACAUAAUAUUUAAAUAUUUAUUUGUAUAUAUAUAUAUCAUAUAAUAUAUUAUAAUCAUAAUAAUUACAUAUCAUGUCGAGUAAAUGAAUCGUAGGUAAAUUAAUCUGGUGAGAGCGGCAACAAGGAUGAUUGUUAAUAUUACCUAUACACAAUUAAUUUUUUUUUUUAAGAAUUAUGAGAACUUUAUUAUCAACUGAUUUGGCGUACUUAUAUAUAUAUGUACAUCGUUGAAUUGUUAUAAAAGAACCAGGUUGAUUUUCAAACAAUUAAAAACCACAAAAUCUAAGCUUUCGUAAAUUUUUCUGACCACGCUUUAAAUUAUACGAUUACUUUAUCCUUCGAAACACCUAAUAAAUAAAACUAAUUAAGUAAUAAUAAUUAAUUUCAUUACUUCGAUAGUUUAUAAAUAUUAUUAUUUAAACUGUUUAAGGCAAUAUACUAAUAUCGGGGGAGAUCAAUAGAUAUUAUUGAAUUUGAAAUUAUUAUUAGGUUUGACAUCUCGUCUUUGUUUUGGCCAAAUUCAGUAAUUUAAAUUCUACCGCAUUUCUGUUUAUUAAAUCAAAAUGAAUUCUGUACAGUUCUAAUGGCGAUUCAAUGUGAACAAAAUUAUUUUAAUUUAAGUUAUUUUUCACAUUAAAAGAUAAAAUAUUAUAGUUGAAUGUUACAAUUCAUCAUCGUACGGCUCUCGAGUGAAUGAUAAUAUUAUAAUAGAAUAGACAUUAGACACCGAAGAUAAUAUUAUUAUAGUCAAUUUAAUUGUAAAAUAAAAAUGUUUUGUUAUUUAAAAUUCGUGUGUGAUACAAAUAAAUUAUAACUUUUUGACAGCAGUGUCUAUAUUGUACAUUGCACUUGUACCUUAUUUUAUACUGAAUUGGAAUUGUGUACAUUUUACGAAUCUAAAAAUAAUGUACCUAAGUCCUAUAUAUAUAUACAAUAAUGAUAGGUAUUAAAUCUGUUAUUAGACUACUGUAUUUAUAUAUUUUUUUGUUACACACAAUGUAUAUUAUAAACCAUUAAUUAUGUAUGCCAUAUAUAUUUUAAGUUUUUGAAAUUAUCGAAAAAAGCCGCUCUCAUAUAUUUUAUACUAUCGAUUCCUGAGUUAUAGGUGUUCGCAUUGUAUUAUCGCUGGUUGCAAUAUUCGCCAUUGGUUCGUUUAGCGUGCACAUUCCAAAUAAUAACAAAAAUCCAAAAUACGGGAAGAGUUGGGUAGUAUUGGUAGCAGGAACCGAAGGAUGGAUCAAUUACAGACAUCAAGUAGGUGCGCCGACAUACGAAUGUUUUUUUUCUUAAGUUGAUUAUAUUAUAUUAUUGAUAUUAUUGUUAUGAUAUUAUUAUAUUAUGUAAUUACUUUUUAUAAAAUUACACUAUCUGGGUUUUAUUAGAAAUAAUAAAUACACCAUGUAGCUAAACAAAUGAAUAUCUAAGCUUACCCGGGCUACACCUAUUAUGGUUCAAAAUUUUAAUAUUUAUAGAAUAUGUUUCAAAAAUAAUAAUUUGUUAAUUAAUUAAUUAUUUUACCAUAAUAUGACAUAUAUAUAUGUUCAGUUUAGUUGAUAUUAAUCAACUGAACUGCGCUCAGAAUCGUUUUUUCGGUAGCGAUGGUUUAUCAUUGCCUACAGAUAUAUAUUAAAUUACCUAUAACAGUGGCUGCACCCGUCUCCAGUGCUCGAAUUAGGAAGGUGCGCAGAGGGACGGAGCUCCUCUACUAUUUCUUUUAUUUUCUUGCGUACCCCAAUUAUAUUUUUUUGCUGGAACGGGGGGAUGGCACAAACUGAUGUCUAAAUAAUUUAUAUUAAAAUGUGGAUUUCAAUUGUUGUCGAUUGUACAACGAAUUUUACUAUUUUUAAUUUCAAAAUAAUGUUUGAUAUUAGUUUUAUAUUAUCAUUUUUUCUAUGGUUUUAUAUUUUUUUACCAUAUAGUAUGUGUAUCGAUAUUUUAUCACACGAUACCAAAAUAACCAAACGAUACCGCAUAGUUGAAUUUAUUUAACUAAACUUUUGACCAUGUGGUUACCAUAGAGUAAUUACUCUAUAGUGGUUAUAUACAUUAUCUAAUAUCUGCAGAAAAACGAUAGCAAAAAAAAAAAGGUAAAAUAUUAUCAUCAGGGUACAAUAUUCAUAUCAUUUUUGUUUUCUGCUGCAACAUGUAGAAUGUAGGUAUUGUUAUUAAAAUAUAUUUGGAAUUUUAAUAUUUGUAGCUGAAAAAUGGUAUUCAAAAUGCAGAUAAGGUGGAUCGGGGAGGAAGGGGACGAAGCCCCCCAUGGGUCUGUGUUAAAUGAUUGUGCAUUCGGAAAAUAGUUUUUAAACCGUUGGAUUGAGAUUUUCUACUUAAUUUUUUUCAAUUCGAGCACUGCCCGUCUCCAUUAUCCUAGGACGUCUUUUUAUUAAUUUAUUUUUAUAAUAACUUUUCUUAUCUCAAACGUUUUGUUGUAUGCUCAAAAGAGCCCAUCCCGUAUAAUUAAAAUAAUAUAUUUUGUACAUUUUCCCGUUUUUCUUACGUUUUUUACUGGUUUUUCCCAUUUGUGAUGAAAAUCCAAGAGAAAAUCUAAAAAUGGCCUCAAUUUCAGUCAGAUUUCCUUUAAAAAAAUUGUUACUCUUCAAAAUUCGAAUAGAAAUUAAAAUUUCUGGUAGAAAAGUUGUUUACAGAAAAAAAAAUAAUCAUCAUUGUAAAACCAAGACAUUCCUCGCUCCGUUUAGAAUCUAAAAUCAUAACUAUGCGAAUAAUUUUUCGACUUAACUAAACUCUUGCAAAAAUUAAUCAUUAAAAUAAAAUGUCAAUAGUAAGCUAGGUAUUAAAAAGUAAUUUAAGUUGGUACACACGGGAUUAUAAAAAAACAUUUUGAGGUAAAUUCUAGAGAGUGAAAACGAAUAGAAAAAUGUUAUCUUUCGAUUUCGAAUCCAAAAACGUUUUCUAAUGUUUUCGUGUUCAAAAACGUUUUUAUUUUUUUCAUGUAGCGUUUUAAUACAUUACAUCAAGCUAAUUAACUUUCCAUUUUAUAUUGCAAUUUCUGGGUGUUUUGCAAAUUAUAUAAUUAUAUGAAUUAUUAUUCUAAUUUAAAAUUGAUUAUAAUUGUAUAAACGAUAAAGUUUUUUUUUUUUUUAUUAUUUAAAUACAUCGACAACAGGUCAUUAGUAUAUGGACAUUUGGAAUAUUAGAUUUUUAACAAUACAUAGAUACUUAAAUUAAAUUAUCCUGGGAAUCGAAAAAUUACCUCCCUUAAGUACCUUCUCAGUCAAAUUUCCUUUCAGAAAAGGUACUAUUAUUUUAAAUCAGAGUGAAAUCGUUAGUAGAAAAGUUUUACACAGAAAAAAAAAGGCAAUAAUAUUUUUCUCCUAAAUUUUUUUUACCUACAUUUCAUAUAUUUUCCAUUUUUUGGACAUUUUAUUCCAAUUUUUCCCAGAUAUUAUGAAAACCGCUUGGAAAAUCAAAAAAUAACCUCCAAAAAGGACUAUCUGGAUAACAUUACUUUUCAGAAAUGAUGCCGCGCGUAUAUAUCUGAUAGUACAAUAAAUAUAUAAUUAACAUUUUAUGCAUUACACUUAAACUUAGUUAAUUUAGUAUUAAGACCCCUACAGUUUUGGUAGAAGCCGGUUAAUGAAGUGAUAUUUGUAGAAUCUGCUAAAGGUAUUAUCUUGGUUGGUGAUGGCGAACUCCUGCGUUUUUUGAAAUUGUGACUUCUACUUUAGUCAAUCUAUUUUCGAAAACAAUUCGCAGGCCGGUUUCACCACCUUUGGUUCUUUGAUCAAGUUCUGAAUGACACGAACAAAGUAAUUUACGUCAAGUAUUAUUAUCAAAUCGUAAAUAUUACGACUUUUUAAAACAUGUAUAAUCGAAUUCCGCUCAGAAUCGUUUUUCUUUCAUAAUGAUAAAUCUUUGCGUACACAUAUACAUUAAAUUUGUUCUCUACCUUCCCAAAUUCUCACCAACAACAAUGGUUCACCCAUCGUGCGAAGUAUAUCCAUUUGUUUUUUUUUUUAGUUUUCACAAAAAUUGUGAUUUUAGUAAUAAUCAAAAGAACCAGGAUAUAGAUAAAACGGUGUAAACGUAUAGACUCAGUUUGAUAGUGAGUUGUAAUCUAACAGCAUAGUAUUAAGGUUCAGCAGGAUAUUCACUAUGGAGGUCUAAAAUUUGAACUAAAUUUCAGUACAUAUCCACCCUUGACCACCUAAAUAUAGUAUAAAAUAUAUAAUGUAAUCAUAAUGUAAUCACCCACCAAGUUUUUUUUACCACGACGCCCAGGCGUCAUAAUACCCCUUUCACCACGACACUGGGGUAGAGUAUACAAAUAUAGAAUACAAUAUUAAUUUAUUAUUGUUUGUUUACGGUUUUAUAGUGACAAUGGCUUAAAAACAAAGUUUACAUAUAUAAUGUACAAAUUAUUACUUACCUAGUAUGUACCCAUAAUAGACAAAUAUUUGUAUAGGUAUACUAUAAUAAUACCCUCGUAAAACCUAGCACUGUCUAUGCUAGGUCCUAUAGGUACUAAUAUGAUAUUUGUUAUUUUAUAGGCAGACAUAUGUCAUGCAUAUCAGAUAUGCGUACGAAACGGAUUUCCACCAGAGAACAUCAUAACAAUGAUGGUGGACGAUAUUGCAUUCAAUCCAUUGUAAGUAUAUUCUGGUAUAUUAUUAAUUUCAAUAUAACAAUUUUUGCUCAAUAAAUCGCAGGGGGGAAUAUAAUAUAAUUAAAAUGGCAUAAGAAAAACAAAAAUGUACAGUAUUACGAGUAUUACGUAUUAAAAAAAAUAACUAACUAGUUUAAAUUAAGUUAAAAAAUACAAAAAUGAUUUUUGUUAAAAGUUAAUAGUUAACAUAAAAUAAAUUUAACUAGUUAAGUUAAAAGUUAAAAUGCAAAACAUAUAAUUAUAACUCCAUUUAAAUAAAUACAUUUUUUUUUUCAUUAAAAAUCAAUAUGAGUAGUGCACGUUUUCAAUAUUAAGGACCUAAUAGUUUUAGGUUAGUUUUUUUACUAAUCACCUUUUUAGAUUCUGAGUAUAGCAAAUAUUUUACAAAGAUGUUUUUUUUUUUUUUUUUAUACGGUAACAAAAAUUUCCGAUAUAUUUACGUGUAGCAACAUUUCUAAAAUGAGAUAUUGUUUAGAUGGUACUUUAGGGAGGGCCAUUUUUUGAUUUUCCAAGCGGUUUCAAUAUCCGGGAUAAAACGUAAGAAAAACUGAAUAUUUACGAAAGUAAUAUUUUAAUUUUUUUUAAUUUUGUUAUUUGUUAUAACUCAGUAUAAAAUAUUCAUAGCGACUUGAAAUUUGGACAGAAAACUUAUAUUUGCUAUUUCUAGACAUCGUAACACUUUUAAAACAUUUAAUCCACUUUUGAUCUUUCUAUAAAAAUUAAAGUUUUUUGUUGACAUUCAGUUAAAAAUAUUCACAUCGACUUUAUGGACUUGAAAUUUGGACAAAAAAUUAAUAAUUGCCUUUUCUAGACGUGGUAAAAUUUUUAAAAAUUUUUAGCGAUUUUUAAUAAGAGAAUUUAAUAUGAGGUUCAAUAAAAGUCGUACUAUGUGGAAGAAAAUAGAAUUUUGAGCAGAGGUUAACUGGCUAAUCAUUUUUAAAUAUGCAUUCAUCGAAAUGAAAACAUUAAUAGGUAUAGAAAAUAUUGUUGAUCACACCGCUUGCGAAACGCUGCUUAAAAUAAAAGUAUUUUGGACUUGGUCAUAUAAAUUUUAUUAAUUAUUAUUCUUAUUAUUUUUGUUAUUUAUUUUAUCAUUAUUUAUUUAAUGUGAAAAAAAUUAAUUAAACUUUUAAAUUGUACUGUUUUACUGUAUUUGUACAAUAUAUCUGCAGUCUUCUAAGCUAAUAUAAGUUGAAAUGUCAUUAGGUAUAAAAGUUUUUGUUGACCAAAGCGGUGGUGUAUUCAAAAAAUUGUUGUAAAAAUUGUUUGCUCUCCCAUAGAAUUGACCCAAAGACGUCACUGAGCAAUAUUCCUAAUCGAGUUCAGCUCAGAAUCUUUUUUGUUAGUAAUACCUAAAUUAGCUUAGGUAAAGAUAUCUAUUAAAUUUCCCUCAAUAUCCUACUUUCCCAACUUCUCAUCUAUAGCAGUGGUUCACCCAUCGUGCGAAGUAUGUCCGUUUUUUUUUCUUAUCAAUCAUUAAUAUUAAACCCCCAUAUUUUAACUACUAUUCUAUUACAAAGAUAUGGAAAUAACCAAUUUAGAAAGUGUCCAUCAAAUCCAAAAGACUUUAACCUAUGCAAUAAUAAAGAAUGGUUGACUUUAUCAAAAUAUAUCCCCUCAAAAUACGAGUAGGUACCUAUGCGUGUAAGUUGUAACUAUGUAUUGUAUGUCAGAUUCUGUUUUUUAAACAUAUAUAAGUACGUUCAUAAUUAAUAUAUAUAUAUGAUUGUUUUUCUAUUAUUUUAUCAAAGGAAUCCAAAUCCGGGAACUAUAACCAACAAUCCCGACCAUUCAGACGUGUACGGUGGAAUUUUUAUUGACUAUACCGGAACGGUAAGAUGACACUACCAAAUAAAGUUAACAGUUAUUAAAUGUUUUUUAAAUGUUUUAAAAAUAAUACGUUAACAUAUACGAUGUGCAACAUAAAAAAUUUAUAUUAUACAUACAAAAAAUAAAUAGAUAAUGAAAUCUAUAGAAAUAAAAUGCAGAUUUCGUUUAAUACUGUAGAACGUGACGGCUGACAAUUUCUUGAAGGUUAUCAGUGGAGACAAAGAAUUGAUGAGUUCUAUUGGAUCUGGUAGAGUUGUUGAAGGGUAGGUACGUUAAUUUGCAAAGUGAACCUCUUCAUAAAGUUAAGCACAUCCUCAAAUGUGAAUGCUUAUUAAAAAUUUACCUGUAGUUAUUAUCAUCGAAAUAAUAAUUACAAUUAUUUUAACGUUUACAGAUAUGAACAUUACUCAUAUUUUUUACAUAAUUAUAAUUUUACUUUUUUAAAAAUAUAAAGCGAUAUAAGCGAUACUUAUUAAAAUGUAGGUAUAAUUGUAUACGACUAAUUAUUAGCCAGCUCUCAUCAACAUUUGUAAGUGAAAUGUAUGCUAACGUUAAGGCGGAACACAUAGGUACUAAUAACGAGACAAAAUAUGUUAUUUAAUCUUAUCUACAAGCUCGGAUUGUAGGUACAAAAAAAACCCAUCAAAAUACGUUAUAAAAUGUUUAAAAAAAGAAAAGAAAAACAUAAGUUAUUAAAAUAUCUUUUACAUAUUAUUUUGGUGUUUUACAAUACUGAAAACGCUUUAUUUAUUUUUUUUCACGUAUUAAUUCAGCCUAAUUCAUGUCAUUUUCAGAGCAAUAAAAACAUUCUAAAAUCGAUUCAUUUUAAUUUUUAGGUCGUGACUAGUUCAUAAAAGUACCGUAUAAAAUGAAUAAUUGUGUAAUAUAUGUUUAUCAGUGACUUUUAAAACUUAAUAAACGUAUAUACUAUUACUAAAUUAUAUAGGUACUAUAUAUUUUUUUUUGCGUAUUCAGAGGGCCACAUGACACAAUUUUCAUCAACAUCGUCACUCAUGGUACAGAUAGAAUAUUAAGCUUUCCAAACAGUUAUUUGUAUGCCGACCAACUAGACGAUACGCUGAUUAUGAUGUAUCGAGCAGGAAAAUAUAGCAAGGUAAAUUUUAUGUAAAGCAAUAUCCGUUAUAUUAAUUUAAUUUAAUAUUAUAUAAACGAGUAUAAUGUAUAUACGCUGUAUAACAUUCGUGUUAUGAUUAAAUUUUAAAAUUUUUUAUAUUUGCUAACCCGUUGGCGAGAUAUUCAACUUUUAGGUUUGAGCAAGGGGAGAGUAGAGGAGCACUAAUCAAAAGCCACAUACUUUUUCAAAUUGUAAAUGUUUCAUCGCUGUUAUAUAUUUUAAUGUAUUUACAAUAAUGACUUAUAAAUGUAUUAAUAUUCUUUUACUUUUUAAUGGUUAAAAUAUUCCAUAACUUACACUAAAAAUUAUAACCAAAUAUUAUAUAAGUAAAAAUACCACAGAAAAGUUUGAAUCUAAAAAUAGAUUUAUAAUAGCAAAAUAGUGAAAUGUACAUUUUAUCAAUUGAAUUUUCAUCGGUAGAUUAUUUAUAAUACAUAUUUUUUCAAUUUUACCAUUUUUGAACAUGUUUUUUUUUCAUAAUUAAAUAAUUACUUACCAAAUUCAAUUUUUUUUUUACAAACGAAAAAUGAUAAUACAGAAAUUACAGGGGUUGCAGCAAAUCAAUACAUUUGUGACUCCGGUAUUAUAUUUUAGGCCACACUUGUGACCCCUUGUGAUUUCCAAUUACGCCACUGGUAUACACACACACGAUACUUCGCUAAAACGUUAUAAAAGUCAUAUUUCGGCUAUAACCCGAAUAAAAACCUAUAGUAUUGACCAACCUAAUUUGGACAAAACUGUGAUGUCCAUAAAUUAAAAUUUUUAAAUCACCUUUAAGUUGUGCUUGUGGUGGUGGUAGAGAGUUACAAUUUAUAACCCUUAAAUUAAGUUAACGAUCCAAAAAUAUAAACACAAUUAGUUGAUAGGAAUAUAAGAUUAUAUGUAUAUACAUACAUGAAAUAAAAAUAAAAUACAAAACACAAUACACAGAUUAUUAGGUAUAUUGUCAUAAAUAUAUUUGUUUAUUUAUUGCUACAAAUAUUGGAACCAUUGCAUUUGGAAAUACAAAUUAUAUUUGUUUUGUUUGCAUUUGUAUUUAUAUUGUCAAUAUGCAUCAAAAGCUAAAAGAUAUUUCCACGCAAGGACCAAUUAAUUAAUGAAGAUAUCAAGUACUUUAUUAUUAUUAAUAAUAGUAGAGUAUUAUAAUACAGUUAAUAUGUUUUUUUAAAUUUUGAAUAACUUUUGUUAUUGUAACAUGUCAAUUAUAUUUUUAAAAUAUUAGAAUUUUGGGAAAAUCAAAAAAUUUCCUCUUUAAAGUACUUCCCCAGUUUGAUUUUAGAAAAAGUGCCAUCUUUGUAAAUUGGAGCAAAAUAACUAGUAGAAAAGUUGUUCACAGAAAAAAAAAAUUAUAAAAUUUGGCUAAUAUAUUUUGUACAUUUUCCCGAUUUUUUUUUCGGUUUUUCAUAUUUAAUGAGAAAACGCCUUUGAAAAUCGUAAAAUGACCUGGUACAAAUACCGUCACAAGAAAAUUUCCUUCCAAAAAGAGUUUACAUUAUAUAUAAAUCGGAGUAAGCUUUCUGGUAGAAAUAGUGGUCACAUAAAAAAAUUAAUAAAUCUAAGAAAAUAUGGUACCUACCUACUGUGAAAAACUGAAAUUUAUGGACGUUACAGUUCUCAAAUUAGGUUGUUAGCUACCUAGUUUGUCCGAGCAAAAGCUGAAAUAUGACGUUUUAUGACCGAGUGGAUAUUUUGUGGUUUGCCCGGGCAUUUUGGAAAUUUGCCUGAUUUCGGCUUUUAUCCAUAAUAUAUAAAUAUUAAUUUUUCAAAUGAAACUUUUUCGUAUUUUCGUUGAAAGAUAUUAUUCUAUGUUGAAGCAUCUAAGGCGGGAUCUAUGUUCGACGGGAUUCUAAAUGAAAACAUGGCCGGUGAGUUUGAAUUUUGGAAAUUAUUAUAAUAUUACCGAAAUUAAAUUAAAACUAUUUCAUGCUGUUAACGUGUACCGUAUGUUUAAUACCUAAAUAAAAUACUACAAAUUAUAUCAGAAAGUCAAUGAUAAUUAGCGGUUUCACUAGUGUCUCAGAACAUUUCCAAUCAUAUUCCAUCUUCUAACUUUAAUGUGACUUAAUAUUUUUCUAGCUCAAUUUACUUUGCUUAGUAUAAUAUGUAAAUCUACUAUCAUUUGUUCUUAGUUUUUCACAACUUAGCCACACCCAAGUCUUGCAUCCAUAUACAGUACAGAUUAGAUUUGUAACUUUAAUUAGACGCUGUUUCACACCUAUACUUAUAUAUUGGAACAUUAUAUAGACUAAAACUUAUAUCUAUAAUUUUCUUAACGAUUAAAAUUUUAUCUAUACUUAUGUCCACCUGAAUUGACUUGCUAAUAACGUUUAUAUUCAUAUAAAUAUAAUGUAGUUAGAGACAUUAAUGUAAUGUUGAAAUUAUUUUAUAGUAGAAAUAUCAUCUCUUUUUUUAUAUAAUUAAUUAAUUAAACGCUGUUUCACACUUACACUUAUAUAUUGGAACAUUAUAGACUAAAAAUUUCUUAACGAUUAAGAUGUUACCUAUACUUAAAAAAUACAUACACAUUAAAGUUUGUUCGGCUUUUAAACUUUUCAUAAUAUUUAGCUUUUAAAUAUAUUUAAAUACAAAUUUAAUUUUAGUUAUGGCGAUCACUGCAACUGGACCCAGAGAAAAUUCUUACGCAUGUUAUUGUGAAUUCGACAAUGGUAACAAAUCGUAUCAAACUUGUCUUGGUGAUGUGUUUAGUGUCAAAUGGAUGAACAAUUACGACUCUGUAAGUUACCAAUUAUAUAUUACUUUGGUAGUUUGGUAAUCAAAUUAAUCGAAGAAUAAUACAUGAUAUAUAGUAAAUGAAUUUAGGUAAUAUCGGCCCAACAAAAAUGGCAAAAGGAAAAUAUUUAUAGAGGAAAUGGAGGAAUUAUUUCCUAUAUAUUUUCUUUUGACCAUUUUUAAGUGGUGAUUGUUUUCAAUAGCCAUUCUUACCCAUUAUUACCGAAUACCGACUAUUAGAGCUGACACUAUUAAGAAUUUCGUCACCGGUAUUACGGUAUUUUUCGGUUAUUAAUGUUAUCAUCGUCUCUUCGGCAAAUAGAAUUUUUUUAUAAAAACCAAUAUUUUGGUAAAAAGUUUUUAUUAAAGAGCUGGUUCAUAACUCAUUCAUCGAAAUCUAUUUAGUGUAUUAGAAAGGCAAUUUUAUAAUUUUUCAAAAAGUUUUCAUAAUAGUUAGGAUAACCCGUAAAACGUAAAAUCAAAUCUGACAAAUUUACAUCGUUACAAUUUCUUUAUUUUUAAUUUUUAUGCUUUAUGUUUUCUACCAGAAAUAUUUUGCUGAAUGAAAAACAACAAGCAAUCUGUUUUGUUUUUGAAUUUUUUUUUUUGAAUCUAAUUAGUGACAAUGAAAGUUGUUAAUUGAUUUUCGCGAUAAGUUUUUAAACAAUUGAUUAAAACUGAAAAAGAAAAAGGUAGAAAGAGUGGCAAAAUUUACGAAAAUAAUGAUUUUAUUAAAUUCAAUUUUAUUAUUUUUGUUGUAAUUCAAUUCAAAAUAUUUGUAGACUUAAAAUGUUGACAGAAAACAAUUUUUUGUCUUUUAUAAACGUCGUAGAUUUCUAAAACAUUUGAGAAAUUUUGAACUACUUAUAGACAUUUAAAUUUCGUGAGUAUUCAUUUGACUGUUAACCAAUUUUCGAUCAGAAACCAAUAAAAAAUAGCAAGAGACCUUUUUUGUUGCAUUUUUGAUCUAAUUGAUGCAUUAAAGAGGCCAAUUUUCAAUUUUCCGAAUGGUUUUCAUAAUAAUUAAGAAAAUCUGAAGAAAAAAAAAUGUCAUAUACGAAAGUUUAUGGCAUUAAAGUUUUUGUUAUUUUUGAUUAUAUAAUAAUACGGUAUUUAUCGAUGAGAUGAUAUUUAUCGAACUAAUGGUAUUUACUGAAACAACGUAAUACCAGUGUAACGAAAAUACCACCAGAUCUACACACUACCAUAAGUUAAAUUAUAUUUUACAAUACAUGGAAGUAAAAUUAUCUAUUGAACAAAUUGUAUAAAUAUUGUGCCAGAUAUACUAUGAUAUUGCUACUCGAGACCGAACGGUUUUUAAAGAUUUCCAAGACGCCCGAAUGAACGUUACCAAAAGCAAUGUUAUGAUGUACGGUGAUUUUCAUGUUGGCCAUGAAGCGUUAUCUACUUUUAUUGGCAAUUUUUUACUGUGGGACCUUUCAAGUCAUCAGUCGACUAAAUUAAAAUCGGCCAGUUAUUCGCACAACACGAUUCAAAAGGUAAUCGAUAUUAUUAAUAUUUGAUUACAUUGUCAAUCAUAACCAUCUCGGUUAUCAUUCUUGGUGAUUAUAAUUUGCCAGAUGUAUCUUGGUCAUCUGAUAAGUUCGAUCUCUCAGCCUUUAGAGUUGUAUCCCCUACAUUUUCUCUCGUCAUAGAUUCUUUCUUUUUCUUAAACUUCUUUCAGCUUAACCGUAUCCUCAACUGCUUUGGAAACAUUCUUGAUCUAGUCUUCUCUAACUCCAAUGUUCACUCUGUUCUCAAAGCACGUUCACCUUUAAUUAAUCCUGACCCCUAUCAUCCCCCAUAUCAAAUUCUAUUAUCCAAAUGAGCCGAGUUUACUCAUUCAUAUUAUGACUUUAAAGCUGGGGAUUAUGAACCUAUUUCUCACUUCUUUAACUCAUUCAACUGGGAUGCAACCUUUCGUAACUACCCCAUCAACGACACUGCCAACGAUGCAAUUUUGAAUUCUAUUAAUCAAUUUGUCCUAAGGAAGAUAUUUAAAACUCCUAAUUUCCCACGUUGGGUUACUUCUUCCCUUAAAUUCUUAAUUAAUAAGAUAACGAGCGCUCAUAAAGUAUUUAAGCAGACAAAUAUAGCCUCUGAUUAUUUAAUUUUCUCUGAAUUGCGAGCAAAGUGUAAGCGCCAAUCACUCUCAGACUAUCGGUCAUUUAUAAGUCACACCGAAAGCUUCCUCUCCUUUAAUCUAUCUUACUUUUGGAAAUUCAACAGAGAUCGGAAGCAAAACUUUUUAAUUCCUUUACAUACAAUACACCUUUCUGGCGAAGUAUCAUAUAGCCUACUAAGCUCAGCUAAUCUAUUUUUCAAAUAUUUUUUCUCGUUUUCAAGCUCCCAUUGGCCUCUCACACUAAUUCCAACACUGAAAAAGCUUUCUCAUAUGAUCUUCCCUCCAACUGCUUUUUCUCAUGUGAUGAUGUACUCUCAGCUAUUCAAUCACUCAAAAACAACUAUUCAAACAGGUCUGAUAACAUUUCUGCCCGUUUACUAACUCCCUGGCUCUACCUAUAUUCAUUCUCUUUAGACACUCUUUAAUUGUAAUUUCUAAGAGUAAUUUAAAAUUCAAACAACAAAAAAGUAUUUAGUGGUGAACUACUGAAAAUUUGAAUCAGAAAAAUAACACAUCCUUAAAUAUUAAAUUAAUAUAUAAGGUUUGUAUUUUCAAUUUAGACGAUCGUGACAAUUCCCGAUCGAGAUGUACAAAUACAUGCUAUAGAAAAUCGUUUAACUAACGACAAACUCUCUACACGCGAGAAAGACAAAUUGAAAAUGGAAUUAUAUCAAAAUAACAAGGUAGAUACCAAUUUUUAAAAAAAUAUUUUUAUUACAAAUGUAUUUAUUUAGUUUUAUGUUUACCGUAUCAUAUCUGCAUAAACUUUUGUUUCAGGUUGGGGAGGGGGGUAAAAAUUCAAUGAUGCAAAAAAUAAAAUCCAAUAAAAUACACUAACAAUUGUUUUAUAUUUGAACUAUUGUAAUUCAUAAUAAGUUGACAUAAUAUAGGUGUAUAAAAAAUGUAUACAAUUAUAAUUCUAACUUACGUUCUAUAAGAAUACAAUUUUUGAAGUUGUCAAUGAUACUAUUAAAAUCCAAUUUACAUGCUAGUUAUUGUUCUAUGAAUAUUAAUAAUAAUCUAAUAGUAUCUUGGCUUAUAUUAUAUCUCAGUUUAUUUUUCACAAUGCUUAAUUUGAAAAUUAUCCUUUCACAUGUACAACUCGUAACUGGUAAUAUGGUAAACAUUAAUGUUAAAUACAUAGUGUUAAAAAUAUCUGACUGUCUACUAUUUUUUAACUAAUAUCUAACCAUUCAUAAAUAGAUUUACUUGAUGUACUACUAGGUACAUCGGGCAUAUGUUUGAGAAUUUUAAUUUCAGCUUCCAGUUCAUUAAUUGGUAUAUGGAAUAAUUUGGAUAAAAUGUUUGAAGAACUGUUAUUUAAUUCUAACUUCAUGAAAUUUCAUUUAUACAAAAAAUUAUAAAAAUUGAUUAAAAUAAUUUUUAUUUAACCUCACAGUUACUUUUUUUUCCAACCACAAGAAUACUAAUAUAUAGUCCAAUAAUUUUUCCAAUAAUUAAUUAACAAUCUUAGAUUAUUAUAUUUAUAGAAUAUACGAUUUUAACAAAGCAUAUCAGUAGGAUUUUUCUAAAGUAAUAAAUACACAAUAUGUCAAUCUUAAAUAUAAUUAAAGAUCAAAAAUUUAAACGUACCAAUUCUUUGUAGCCCUUAUUUAAUUAUUGGCCAUGGCCUUUGGUUCUUGGAUGUCCUUGGAUGAAGAGUCCGAAGAUACCUGCGUAUGCAUAUCUGUAUGUAUAUAAUUAUUAAUUAUAUUUUAGAGGAGAUUAAUCAUUGAUAACGUGUUUCGGGUCAUUUAUUCGAAGAUCGAGAAAAGAAGACCGGACAUUAAGAAAGCGAUUGGUGAACUAGACGAAACCGAAUAUCUUACUCCAACAAAAAACAUGUUACCUUGUUACAGAAGUAUUCUAAACGAAAUUAACGACAGUUGUUUUUCUUUAUCUCGUGUACGUAUUAACGAUUUUUAUUUUUUUGAAUUUAACAUAUUUUUCAUAGUAUUUAAUAAUUAUUGUACUUUUUAAAAUUAAUUUGCACGAUUGUUAAUUUCAGAAUCCCUACUUGAUGAAUCGACUAAAAAUUAUUAUCAACUUAUGUGUGAUCGAUCGACAAAUACACCUUACAGUUACUAAUUUUAUUAGUAAAAUUUGUUCGCGGGUUCCAAAGAAUAUAAUUAACGUAUUUUAAAAUCAUAUUGAUUUACUAGCGUAGGGGAGAAGAGUCCACAAAGAGACACUAGAUUUUAAAAUAGAAAUAUCUCAAUUAAUUUUAAUUAUAUACAAAUAGUUUUUGUUUUGUUUUUUGCAAAAAAAAAACGUAUAUUUUAAUAUAAUGUUGUCUUCUAUGUAUUAUUUAGAUUUGUUUAUUUUUUAUUUUUGAAAACGUCAAAAUCCAUUAAUGUUCUCCAGUAGUGAUGCACAAUGAGACGAAAAUUUAUUUUAUUUUCAUUUUAUCAAAAAAUACAAAAUAAAAUAAUAAUUUUAUUUAAUAUGUUCAAUUGGAUAUUAUUUAACAAUAUUUUAGACAUUUUUUUUUUAUCGCUUUAGUACAGGUAGAAAAACCAUGUUUAAAUGUUACUAUAUAAAUUCAUAGAUAAAAAAAAAAACAUUAUAAAACUAAUACAUUCUUGGCUUUGCCCAGAAUCUAAAACAUAAUAUAAUGAAAAUGAUAAUUUUAAUUUCUGUAACCUUUCAGCUUAAAGAUGCUGUUUGCUUAAUUCUAUCAAAACAAGAAUUAAUAAACAUAUUCUGUUUUUAAUAUUAGAUAAUUUGAGAACAGAAGAAUUUAAUAUAAAAUUACUUGUAUGAAGUAUAGAUGCAUUAACUAAAAAUUAACAUAAUUUUUGUAUUUAUUAUCUAUGUACUUCGUUUGUGACACAGAUAAUACAGUAAGAGAAAAAAAUAAAAACCAAACAAAUUUAGCAAAACAAUUUAAUUUGUAAUACAAUAUUUUUAAAAUAAUAUAACAACACUUGAUACUUCCCUAAUUAAAACUAUUUUGCUAUAUACUUUCUUAAUUGACUAAUACAUUUAAACAAUAGAACUUGGUAACAAAUAAUGACUAUCGAAUCAUAAAAUAAAAAAAUAAUGAUUUAAUAAAAUUAAAAAUAACAAAAAUUAAUAUUAAUAUUAUCAGUUUUUCCUUAGCAAUGGUUAAUCGUUGGGCACAGAUAUACAUUAAAUUUCCUCUCUACUACCUUCCCAACUUCUCACCUAUAACAAUGGCCCAUCCAAGUGUGAAGUAUGUCCGUCUUUUUUUUUGUUAUUCAGUUAAACAUAUUCGUAGUGAUAUGAAAUUUUAACAGAAAAAAUUUUUUUAACAAUUUUUAUAAUAUCCACUGUUAAAAAUAUAUGUUGACAUUUGUUGUAGGUGAGAAGUUGAGCAAGCAGAAGAGAGAGAAUUUAAUGUAUAUUUGUAAGCAAUGACAAACCAUCGCUAACGACAAAAUGAUUCUGAGUUCAGUUGAUAGUUGAACGGGUUGACUGCAUAUUAUAAUAAUACACAAGUGCCGGUUAUCUACAUACCUUGCGGACGCCAUUAAAAUCUAGAAACUAGAAAAUAUCUAAGUAUGUAGUGUGUGAUAGCUCAACAAGAGUGAUCUGGUUCGCCGGACAAAUACUGCUGGACUACGUAUUGCGUGUUGUGUGAGAAUAUGUAAUUGAGUAUGUGUGUGUGUGUGUGUGAGAGUGUGUGUGCCUACUGUCUGUGGAUGUGUUUACGAUUAAAAAUAUGGUAACAAAAGACGUCCUAGGAUAAUGUAGACGGGUGCAGCUACUAUUAUAAGUAAUUUAAUGUAAAUCUGUAAGCAACGAUAAACCAUUGUUAACGAAAAAACGAUUCGGAGUUCAGUUGUUUAGUUGAUAGUGAUCCUUUGUAUUUGAGUGUACCAACAACGGCCGGUUUUUUACUGGAGUAAUAUUUAUGGUAGAAAACAUAAGCCGUAAAAAUGUAAAAUAAAGAAAUCGUAACGCCGUAAAUUUGUCAGUUUUAAUUUUACGAUUUUUCCGGUUUCUUUCCUCAUUAAUAAAUCCAUAGAAAAAAACAAAAAACGAAUAGCUUACUUAUAAACUAGAUUAAAAAUGCAACAAAAAUGGUCUCUUUUCAUUUUUUGAUUGGAGCAAUAUUUCUGGUAGAAAAUAUCGUAAUAAUAUAUAUAUAUAUAUAUUAUUGACAAAGCAACACUAUCAACCGAACUCCGUUUAGAAUUGUUUUUUCUUUAACAUAAUAUAAACAAUAAAAAUGGUAAUGCCGUAGUAAAUAUUUGCAAUUUUAUCUAUACUUUUCUUUGGGUUUUUCUCAAUUAUUUCAAAAACACUUAGAAAAAUGGAAAAAUUACCUCCUCAAUGCACCGAUAAAAGGAAAUUACCUUUCAGAAAAGGUGCUGCAGUCUAUAAUUCGGAGUAAGCGUUCUGUUAGAAAAGUUUUUCACGGACAGUAAAACAAACAAAACAAAAUACAAAUACAAAACACACGUCAUAGUAGAACCAACAGAUCCCUCGAUACAAUUCGAAUCUGAUCCAUCCACCAUCUUCGAUAUUAAAUGAAACACAUUUUUGUGUAUAAAUUAUAUUUCUAUUAUUAUUAUUAUAAUUACAAAAAAGGAUUUUGUCUUGAAAUCCGAACUCUACAUACUUGUUAGUUAGUUCAAUUAAUAUUAGUGAUGGAAGUAUUUUAAUUUCAUACUUCAUUAACUUACGUCAUAAUUGAAAUUUCACAGUUUUGAAAGAAAAAUUUAGAAGGGGCAGCUACCCCCUCCCCCCUCGUACUUACGCUUAUGCAGAUAGUACGCAGUUAGGCAAAGGUUUCGGAAAUUAUCGAAUACGUCUGCCAAUAACAUAACAUCCAUUUCUCUCCGGUGUAGUAGUAUAUUUUUACCUCAAUCAAUUUUACCCCCCUCCCCGCGAUAAAAAUAUCAUGGGAUAUAUUUACCCCUGGUUAAAAUGUCAUGUGAUUAAUUCUCCCUACUCAAUAAAUUAAAAUAUAUCCUAUAGUAUUCUUACGUACACGAUUGAAAUGCUAUUUUUACUUUCAAGUAAAGAUUUAUAGUAAUUUAAUAUUGAAUUUGCUGUUAAAAUAAACGUAUUUUCGCCUAUUUACAGAAAAUUGCAUACAAAUUACAAAAUAUUGAUAAUAAAUUAGUUGUAUAAAGACAAAGACAGAAUAUAAAAAAAAAAAAAAUACAAUAAAUUCCAAUUUAAUACCUAUCGCGUACAUAGUGGUGUUUUUACUCAUAUCAACAAUUAGUGAUAUAGUCGUAAAAGUAGCAGAAGUAGCACUAUAAACAGUGUUUAUAGUAAUAUGUAUUAUGUACAAAUUAAAGUUAAAACAAACCAUAUUUUUUUUUAUUAAUAUUGUUAUCUAACUGCUUUAACCCGAACCAUUUUUUUUUUUUUUUGGAUAAAAUUAAUUCAAAUAAGUAUUAUGAGCAUUAUUGGUGUAGGUAUUUUUAUAUGAUUUUUCAUGAUUUCACUAUAACAGAGAGUAUGCGACCUUAUCCAGAAAGUAUAUAUGGUGCUUAUUCGAAAUUAUCAGAAGGUAUACUGCGUAUACCGCCGUACAUCCUCCGCUACAACACUGUCAACAAUUAUUAUGCAUUAUUAUACAAUAUAAUUAGAUAUGUCAUUAUCACUACUCAAUUAAUUACUAUUUAAUUCUUUUGUAUUGGGCCUCGACCUGUUAUGUUCUUAAAAAUAAAUAAAUAAAAUAACCAUUGUUGAAUUUGAAAUAUACCAAACGAAAAUGAUAAAAAUGUUGAAUAUUUCUGAGUUUAUUACUAGAGUCAGCCAGUCAAGGUCUCUAUACGAGUAAAUUCAAAAGCGUACUAAAGUGUCAACGCGCAUUUCAGUUGUAUACGAGUAUAUCAGUCGCGAGGUAUACAGAAAGAGUAUCAUCAGGUGCAAAAUUGGUAAUAAUUCACCUUCUCCACUACCCAACUACAACAGUGACCGCACCCGUCUCCACUAUCAUCUCUUUUUUUUCAUUAAAUUCUUGAUUUUUAAUAAUUUUUUAAGUACUUAUAAUUAUCCAGCAGUUUGUAAUCGCAUUCGCUACUUGUUGAAUAAACGAACUCCGCUCAGAAUAGUUUUUUGUUAGCAAUGUUUAAUCUUUACGUACAGAUAUACAUCAAAUUCUCCUCAAUAUCCUGCCUCCCCAACAUCUCACUUAUAACAGUGACCCACCCGUCGUGCGAAGCAUAUUCAUUUUUUAAAUUUAAAGGUGUUAUAUUUUUAAAUAAACUGCUAUUUUAUUCAAACGAAAUUUGAAUGAAUGUAACAAAUACAGAAUUUAAUAAAAAAAAACGAAUUGUUUGCUAAAUAAUCUUAUUCGUGGUUACUUCUGGGUAAUCCUAAUGGAUGGAUGCACACAUUACAACUAGGACUUAAUUCACCUAGUCUGUAAAUAUAUUGGGGAUGAAAUUUAUUUAACGCCUUUCCAUAGGGACUUUAAAUGUGAUAUUAUUGAUAAUAUCGAUGCAUAAUACGAGAUAUAUAUUAUAGUAAUAGUAAUUAUUAAACAUUAUAGUUAAUUUUAUAUUCUUCAUAUGUUUACAUUAUGUAUGACUAAAUAAUGAUUUGAAUACUUUUAUAAUUUUGUUUACGUUAAUAUAAUGUUAUCUGCAAGACAUUAUGAAGUAGGGAACUAUAGUGGAAUUACUUGGAAUUGGUUUUUAAAAUAUUUUUUUUUACACUCUAGAUAAUUAAAAUCGUGUAAAUACUUCAAGAUGAAAUAAAACUCAAGUAAUAAAUGUUAUGCGAUAAAUGCCUAACAACUAAAAUUAAGUUAAUAUAAUACAAAUAUAAGAUAAAUAUUUUAGAUUCUGAGUAGAGUGAGGAAUGUAUUAGUCCUACAGUGGUGUUUAUUUUUCCAGCUAUUUUUAUAAUAAAUAGGAAAAAUCGAGAAAAACAGAAAAAAUGAGAAAAUAGGUAAAAUAUUAAACAAAUAUUAAAGAAAAUUUAAAAUGCAUGUGUAAUUACACAUUAUUUUAUUUUAUUGCACGUAUAGUUUACCAUAACAUAACAUAAUAUAAUAUAAACUAUUUAUAAAGCAAUACUAUUAACCGAAUUCCGUUCAGAAUCGUUUUUCUUUAGCAAUAGUUAAUCGUCGCAUACAGGUAUAUGCAUUAAAUUUCCUCUCAACCUAUCCAACUUUUCACUUACAAAAGUGGCCCAACCACGUGUGAAGUAUAUCCGUCAUUUUUCAAAAUGGAAAGAAUCUCAUGAGUUAUUGGUGCAGCAAUAUUAAUUUUGUUUUUAACGCAUCUGUAAUUUGUAAAAAAUAGUAAAACAAAAUUAUCAGCGAUGAGACAAUCAUUAGGCUAUAAUGUAUUGGGCAAGUUUAAAGCUUCCAUCCCCAGUAUUAACACUUUUUUAUUUUAUUUUAUGUAAAACAUAUUUUUAAAAGUAUUUUUCGUUAGUUAUAAAAUAAUAACAGUCAGUAAUAAUUUAAAAAAAUAAAAUGGGAGCGGCCACUGUUGUAGGUGGGAAGUUGGGAAGGUAGGAAACAUAAGGUUAUUUCAUUUAUAUCUAUAAGCAACGAUAAACCAUUGCUUUACGAAAUAUGAUCCCGAGUUCAGUUCGGUAAUACAUAAUUUUUUUUUUGAUUUUUGUUUAAAUUUGAUUUCAAAAACGCUUAUAAAAAAAAAAAAAAAGGCGUUCGAUGAUUUUUGUAAAUUUCACUACGUCUAGGUAAGUCCAAUAAAGAGUAUUAUUAUCAAGUUUCAAGUCUCUACGUGCAUUUAAACCCGAAUUACAGCAAAAAAACUCCCAAAAAUUAAAAUUCUUAAAAGCUCAAAUUGGCUCAAAAUUUUUAAAAAUGAUACCGUAAUAAAGUAAAUCAAAAAGGUAUCUUGUAAUUUUUCGAUUAAAUUAUUUUUUUCUAGUAGAAAACGUUGUCCGUGUUUUUAUAAAAUAAUGAAAUCGUGAAAUUAUACGUUUUCCUACGUUUUUUUUUCCACCUAAGUGCUUUUAUUAAAAAAAUAGCGUUGAAAAUCAAGAAACGACUUAUAGUACCGUCUAGAAAAAGGAAGGAAGAAAAAAAAAUAAACAUCUUAGUAAAACCAAUAACUCCCUCACUACGCUCGGAAUCUAAAAAUGCAUAGGGAACCACCUCUCCUCCGUGGAUCCACGCCUGUACGGAACUGUUAAAAACUAUGUACCUACUUAAUGUACUCCCCCCCCCUAGAAAAUGUUGAAAAUAUGGCACUAAUUCACUUAGUGAAGCGAUAAGAUUAUUCUGAUUUAAUCCAACGUGAAGACAGCGUACACGAGAUCGGUCAGUCCAAUUUUUUGAGUUUUAGUCUUUAAUUUCUAAAAAAUUGAUAUAGAGAUUUAUAUAAAUAAAACUAAAACUAAAUUUAAAUGAAUGGUCUGACCAAUCUCAUGUAUAUUCAUAGGUGAAUUAAAAUCAGUUUGAAGAUGCUUAUUUUAUCGGCCGUACAGAGUAAAUUGAGGAGUAAAUUGUUUAAAUUGUUAUGCUGCGUAUGUGUUCGACAAAAAAAGAAAACAUCGAUACCCAAUCUUUUUUACAUGAAAGCUUGUUUAAAAUACAAAUGUAAAAAAAUAAGAGUUUACUCGUAAUUUAAUUUCCACAGCACCUAAAAUAAUAUUAUUUAAUAUUCAUUUUUAGAAUGGUAUUUUUGAAGGACUAAAAUUUCAUAUAAUUUGUAAUACAAUGAGGUCAUGAAUCUAUAAAUUAAAAUGAAUCGUAAUAAUAUGUUUGCAUUGAAAACUGAAUUGUCACUUAUACUUUAAUCGUUGAAUCACAUACUUGAUAUUUUACACUCCGUAGUGGAAUCGAUUUUUAUAUCUUAUCAAUUUACAGUAAAAUAAAUUGUCGACGAAAUCUUAAAUAUUCACAAUUUCAUUAUAAAUAGUAAAAUCACGAUAGGGCGCAACAAAAUUGUCAGUUGUUCGUCAGUCGGAAUACGGAAUAAAUAUCACUGUUUGGGAGCAAAUAAAAACAAUAUGGGUACGUUUUAAUAAGUAUUAUUAACUUUAGUAUUAGUAGUAUAAUGUCUACUCGUAAUUUGUACAUUCUGACAAACUAUAUGUAUAUUCGUAUCAUUAUAACUCAUAAUAUGGUAAAAUUGAAUUACAUGGUUGACAAAUAGGUAAUCGCUGUUACAUAAAGUAUCAUAUAAGUUAAGUGGUUAAUCACUAUUCACAGUUAAUACGAUAAAUACCUAUCAUAAUUAACAAAAAAAAAUAUAAAAUAAAAAUGAUUAAAACAAAUACCGUAUAGUUGAUAUAUAUUAUAUGAAAUUAAAUCUAACCAUAUUUUUAAUAUUAUUAAAACUAGAGAAAUUAAAUAAAAAAAAAAAUAAUAAAUAUGUAUUUAAUACAUAAUGUAUUUUAUAAAAUAAACCUACCAUUUCUUUGGUGAUCAGUCCUAGAUAAAACAUUUAUUUUCUCGGAAAGUAUUAACAAAGUAAUUAAAUUCAUGAAACAAGCAGUAAUAUUACUAGCAGUUACCAUUAUAUUUUGUCAAUUUUAUUUAUAGUAGUGAUACCACUUCUCACUUUUAAUUUCAAAUAAUAACCUAUAAUCUAUAUUAGAAAUUUCAAAAAAGAUGAAGUUUUAGUUGAAAUAUAUUUUGGUAUUGAAAUAUUUAAUUCCUGAUCCAUUGACGAGAUAUUCCACUUAAAAAUUCGGAUAGGAGGCACAUCAUUUGUAUGGUAGCGUGGUUUGCGAAAUUUGAAUAGUAGUGUUACACUGCUACCAAUUAGUACUGUGAAUAAAAUUUUAGACAACUUUCUAUAUAUUUUAUGAUUUCUAUACUUAUAUAUAACUUUCUAUAUUUGAAUGUACUUGUACUCCAUGCAUAUCAUAUUGCCAUAGUUAAUUAUUAUUAUAUUUUUAGUUUCUGAGCUAGGAAUGUAUUGUUUUUACAAUGAUGUUUAUUUUUAAAAAAUUUUUUUUUCUGUGAACAACUUUUCUAUCAUACAUUUUUCUCUAAUUUUCAAGUGUAGUACUUUAUAUGAAAGAAAAGCUAACUGGGGUGGUAUUUAGCACGUAUUAUUAGCACGUCGGUUUUUGAUUUUUUCAGGAGUUUUCAUAAUAAAUAGGAAAAACCGAGAAAAAACGUAGGAAAAACGGGAACAUUUACGAAAUAUCUUAUUUUCAAAUUGAAAAUAUUACAGCUUUUCACAACAUGUAUUAUCGAACUCCGAUCAGAUUCUUUUUUCGUUAGCGAUGACUAAUUGAUGCAUACACUAUACAGACAUUACAGAUAUACAUUAUAUUUCAUUUCUACUUCCCAACUUCUCACCUACAACAGUAGCCCAUCCCUCGUUAAGUAUGUCCGUAUUUCCUGCCAUGUUAUUUAUUUUGAAAUUAUAAUAUAAUUGCUUUAUUCAUACUUGCAUAGAUAGGUUAUACUAGGUGUAUUAUGUAUCCUUACAUGAUAACUUGAUUUUAUACGUUGAAAAUAAAUUUGAACUAGUCUGAAACCUUAGCAUAUUACUAAUAAAAAUAUAUUAUAUAUAGGCACAAAAGUGAUUGUUGAUUGAUUUAGGUUGUUUACUUAAAUAAAGUAAUCUAAUUAUCGUCUAAAUAUAGAAUUCUUUACUAAUGAAGAAUAUUGAAAUAAAUAGGUCAAUUGUAUUAAAUGAAUAGGAGAUUUCUUUUUUAUAUUUUUGAGUAGCAACCAAUUAGUGGUUAUUAAAUAUUUCUAUUAAUAAUCGGCUGAAUGAAAAACUUAAUGCGGGCAUUAGAAACGAACAAUUAAAUUAAAAAAUAUUACUUUUAUAAAAUACUAAUAUAUUUAUAUAUAUAUAUAUAUAUUUCAUACUCGUUGUAAUAUUUCAGGUACGUUUCACUUAGUAUCCUUAGCAUUACUUGCUGUAGGAACGAUUGCCGCCCAUAUAUCAAAUCACGAAAACCUGGACAAUUUUUUGAUAAAAGAUAAUUCUCAAAACGGUGGAAAAAAAUGGGUAAUUCUGGUGGCCGGUUCGAAUGGAUGGGACAAUUACAGACAUCAGGUCUUGAAACAUAAUUUACGUUAAUAUAAUAAUAUUAUAUACUAUCUCCAUGCACCUUACCUUUCCAGUUUUCUCCCUGAUAUAUCAGAGUUAUCAGUAAUGAUCCUAGUCCUCGUUCCCAGUCCUGCAGCGUUUACAAGGAUCUGUCACGUCAUCGAACAGUUAUAAUACUUUAUUUAUUAAUAGCUAUUUAAAUUUUAAUCAUUAUAUCUAUUUUUAUUUUAUUUUAAUAUACUUACUUGUUAUAGGCGGACAUUUGUCAUGCGUAUCAAAUAGUCGUUCAAAAUGAAAUACCAAAAGACCAAAUCAUCACGAUGAUAUAUGAUGAUAUCGCAUACAACCCCGAGUCAGUAUUAUUUUAUAAUUAAGUAAAAAUCGUAAAAAUCCAAUUGGAAAAAAAAUACAUAUAGGUACACAUGUUGAUUCAAAAUUGAAGACCUAUAUCUAUCAAAAAGAUUGGUGCAUAUUAUAAUUGAAAAUUGAAUGCAAAAUGUCAUCACAUAUACCGAUUACACAUACACCGAUCUCUUUGGUAGGUCUUUAACUUAUGUUACAGCUAUUUUAUCAUGCAAAUAUUUAAAAUGGAGAAAAUAUACGAUACAACAGAUUUCGAAACAUCUCUAAUAAUUUGUACAUUUUUUGAUUUUUAGUCUUUUUUUAAGGGGGGGGGAAGGACUCAAUUUUUAAAAUUCAAAUGGAAACCUACAUUAGAAAUUCCAUAAAAAAUGAAGUAUUAGUUUAAUGAGUAGUUUAUAGUUUAAUAAAGAGUUUUGCUGUUGAAGUUUUUGAUUUCUGUCAAUCUGUUGAUGAAAUAUUCUACUUUUUAGUUUAGGUAGUGAGAGAUUAGUGGGAUACUAUGCGCAGGUAGCACAGCAUGGCGUGCGGCGUUUGAAUAAUUGCUUAUAAUAAAUGUAUUUAAAUCGAAAUACUUUUUUGUUUUACAUUUUCCUUUAUUUUGAAUAUUUCCUUGAUAAAAUGGCUGUAAUAUAAAUUUUGAAUCACCCUGUGUAGGGGAGACGGGUCCGAUUGUAACACGGGAUAGUUAUUGUAGCACUAACAAUAACUUGUUUCAAAACCAAUAAAAAAAAUUAAAUGAAUACGACAGAUGUUGUCCCAUUGUACAAUAAACAACAUUUCCUUAACAAAACGUUAAUACAUAACAAAAGUGACGCCGAACUUGGGGUACAGAACAAUUUUUUGGUUGGAUAAUAUCCAUAGUAUGAGUAGUAUUUUUAGAAAAUAUAACUAAAUAGUACUAUGAGUAAUGUAAUGUAUUACACCCAAAGAAGGCCAAUAUAACACAGUACUAUCUAGUUUGAUCGAGGAUUUUUAAACUACUUCUACGCCACUGCAUAACAUAUAACAAACUGUUUACCAAAUAAAUACAAUAUUGGCAAUAUGAUGUUGUGAAAACAAAUCAAAAUCAUACUAAUUUAAUUUAAAUUAAACGUAUACAAGUAUUAAGUAUUAUACCCGGUGCUUUAAAAACGAAAAAAAACAUUAAUCUGAUAUCUCCAGGCACGUAUUUAGUGAGCAAGAGUACCUUGUUGCCCGGGGCGGCAAAUUUAUGUUGAUAAAUUAUUAUUGUGCAUUAAUUUUGUAGAAAAAAAUUAUACGAGCUGUAUUAUACCUCGUAUUUUUACAUAAUUUUAAUUAUUAUUUAAACUUUCUAUUAAAAACAAUUAUUACAGCUCAAAAAUGCAUAUUGUUUUCAUCAAUUUGUCGGAUAGUAAUAUUAACAAUAUUAUAAAUUAUAUUAUCAACAUACUAUUUAUAAAUAAUAAAUUCAUUUUCAAACUUUUAGUCAGAGAGAAAGUUAUAAACUUAUUUAGAUUUAUACUAUAUAGAUUUAAAUUUUUAAUACAAAAUUCAAUAUUUAAUAAUAAAUUACGCAUUGUUUUCUUAAAUUAUUUUUUAUAUUCAACAUUAGUUUUUCUAAAGAUUUAGGGAAUCACUGUAAUACAUGAAUUAUUAAUAUUUAUAGUCUAUAGCAAGUUAUAAUAUAUUUUGUUAAAUUUGUAUGAUCAUAAUUAUUAUUGAUAAUAAAUUUGUCAAUAAUAAUGUGUUUAUACCUGAAUGUACAUAGUGUAUAUUGUAUAUAUUUCUAAUUUGCCAAUAUUAAAUUAGUAAGAGUAGCAUAAUAUGUAGGUUGUUGGCUCAAUUUUCUGUGGACCGAAAUUGUAUAGAACAAAAUAGUUACACCUUACAUUUUAAGAAAUAGAUUUUUUCAAGAUAGGUUAUGGGCGGCGGAAAUAUGUUGCUCCUGGACGUAAAAUUUCUAUAUACGGUCCUGGAUAUCUCUCGUCAUUGAGAUGUAUAUACUAUGCAUAUAUAGUAUAUGUAUAUGUAUAGUAUAUACAUCUCGAUGUCCCUCGUUUAAUCACGUUGUUUGUUUCAAUUAAUAUUUUGUAAAAUAGAUAAUAAUAUUGUAAGUUACCAUAUUAAUUAAUAUAUUAAUUUGUUUUAUUAUGCGUGAUAUAAUAUUAUACAGAAAUCCAAGGCCAGGUGUGAUAAUUAACCAACCCAAUGGUACAGAUGUAUACAGUGGAGUUGAAAUCGAUUAUAAAGGAGAGGUAAGAUCUAUAUUUGAAAUAAACUUUUAUUUGUAAUUAAUGACUGUAUUAGUAUAUUGUGUAGAUAAUGAUACAAACUGAUAAUACCUACUCUAUGCCCAUUUUAAAAUUCAAAGUUUAAUAAACAAAUUAGGUACUUGUUUAUAAAACUUUAUACGAAAAUGUAUAACUUAACCUAAUCUUUUAAUAAUAUAUAUCCUUAAUAAAGGUAACUCGAAUUUUGGACUGUUUACCUAAUCAUUUUUAAACUGAUGAAAAUACCACAGUCAUUUUUUAUUUUAACCAGAUUCGCUUGAUAUACUAUGUAAAUAAUAUGACUAUCUGAAAUUUUCCUAAUACUUAGAAUACAAUUUUAGUAUUUCGAUUAGGUAUAAAAGAAAUUAUUAUACAGUUUACAAUUUUAAAAUUAUUUAUGCUUUUAGUUUUUAAAAACGUAAGCACCUAUGAAAAUUAUAAUGUAAACUUUACACAAUUUAUGAUUUUAAUUUAACUUAGAACGUGACCAGUGCAAAUUUCCUCAGAGUCAUUACCGGUGAUGUUGAAAGCAUGCAGUCUAUCGGAACUGGAAAAGUUGUUGAGGGGUACGAAAUUAUUAUUCUCAGAUAUUCAAAAUUAUAAUUAUUAUUAUAAUAAUAGUUAUAAUAAUACCUAGCCUACCUAAAUAUUUUUUUUAAAUAUAUUAAUUAGGUAAAAUGGACAAUUUAACUAUAAACAGAAACAUACUACCUAAUUUAAUAAUCUAAGUCAUAUAAGCAUCACAAAUAAAAUUGCUUCAGUUUAUAUAAGAAUAUAUUUUUAACCUUUUUAUCAAAUAUUUAGAUAUCCUUCAAAUUUUAUAAUUUUUUAAAAAUACUUAUUUCAUUCUAAUUCAUUUUAAAGUUUAUUUUUCGAUGUUUGUGGUUAAACAGUAAAUUAUGCAUAUAUUUUAAAUGUGUUUUAAUAUUGAAUGUUUAAAGUGGACCUCGGGAUACAAUUUUCAUUUUCUUUUCCGACCAUGGUGGACCCGGACUAUUAGGAUUCCCAUCUGACCUUUUAUACGCCGAUCAAUUAUACCAAUCAUUUAAUAAAGCAUUUGAAACUGCACAAUAUAAAAAGGUACAUAAAUGUUGUAUUAUAAUUACAAUAUAUUGACUUAUUUUGAUUACUUAAAUGUUUUAUUUUGUUAAAAGAUGCUAGUGUACAUAGAAGCGUGCGAGUCAGGUUCUAUGUUCGAUGGGAUACUCGAUGAUGACAUGAAUAGUAAGUUGAAAUAUCAACAAAAUGCUUAAAAAUCACAGUACAUUGUAAAUUAUUUUGUAACUAAAAAUUGUUGAAAUUUUCAAUUUAAAUUUAGGCAAUACUAUUUAUUUAACUAAUUGUUCAGAAUCGUUUUUUUUUCGUUAACAAUUAUUCAUUGUUUUAUUCAAUAUUAAACAAAAUUACCUUAUAUAAUAUUACUUUUCCAACAACACCCAUACAAUUUUUACUUAAAAUAAAGUUUUAACUAAAAUUAGUCAAUUUUUAAUCUAGUACUUGCCAUCACUGCUUCUGGACCUAGGGAAGAUUCGUGGGCGUGUUACUGUUCAAGCGACGAAUAUGACAUAUGUCUGGGAGAUGAGUUCAGCGUAUCAUGGAUGGAAAAUAUUGACGCGGUAUUAUACAAUAUUAUUAAACAAAUUUUAAUUAAUUAAUAACAGUUUUCAAUUUUAUGUAGAUAUUUAUAUUUGUAUAAAUCUCUUAAGCUAUCAAUAAUCUUGUAGGUUUUACUGACUGCUAUUAAAAGAACCUAAAGUUUGGAUGGUAUAGUGAGUUUUGUGAUAAAAUUCGAAAAACUGAUAUGAUGUUCCACAGGGGUAGAACAGAAAUUUAAUGUAACGUUCAUGGUUAAAUAUUAUAAAAAGUAUCACACAUUGCGACAUUACUGCUGUUACUUCUACAUAAUACACAGACCUACAUUAUGCAUUUACACUUAACAACACUCAUUUGAAAAUAUCCAAAAUAUACCUAAAAUUUAUUUGAAAUGUUACUAUUAAACUAAGCAUUCCUAGGAUUGAUUAGAUACUGAUAAAAAUCGGUUGAAUUCUAAAAUUCAAACUUUGUCGAAAGUAGCAGUUAAAACCUAGGUAUAGAGAAUUUAUGAGCGUAGCACAUUUAUGUCUAACGUAGCUCUAAGAUUUAUCUAAACACCUUGUCCGUAGUUGUUCCGUAUCAUACAUAUAAAUAUAGGUAGUUUUUUCACAAACAUAUUUUAAUACGUAUCCAAGUUCACAUAAUUUGGAGACGGUUAACAAUAAUUACAUAUAGUCUCUAGAUAGUCAUAAUAAUUGUUAUCAUAAUUAAUACGUGUAGGUGACAUGUGGAUUUACAGCAAGAGAACGAAAUAUUUAUAACAUUUUCGAUCAAGUUAGAACCGCCGUUGGAGACAGCAACGUUAUGGCAUAUGGUGAUUUUGGCAUAGGUUUUGAAAAAUUAUCAACAUUUAUCGGUUAUAGUAAUCACGAUAGCGGUCUCGAGCAGUCUGCAACCGCUAAAAGAAACUCAUUUAAGAAGGAAACUGUAAAUACCAAAAUAUACUAUCAUAUUUUCUAAUUACUAUAUAUUUAUAUUUAAAAAAUAAAUAAUAUUACUAUAGACCAUAAUGUGUUAUUUACUCUUGUUUUUUUCCUGAAGAUAAUGUCCAGUCGAGAUGUGUCGGUAAAAUCAAUGGAAUAUAAAUUGGCUAGUGCAGAUUUAACACAUGAAAUGAAACAAGAUUUGGCAAAGACUUUGCGUAAAAAUUAUCAAGUAUGUACCUAUUACCUAUUUUAUUUAAUUUAAUAUAAAACAUAACUAUUAAUAGUUAAACGUGUACAUCUACAUCUAGAUAUCUAUGCAUUUUAUUGAUUUUAUGUUUCAGAUGAGAUUGAUCAUCGAUAGCGUGUUCCGGGCUAUUUACUCAAAAGUCGUGGAAGCGAGACCGGACAUCCAGAGCGAAAUCGGUAGUCUUAACAAACCCAAACAUCGGAGUCUUACGUUAGACAUGUUCCCGUGUUACAGAAGUAUUUUAAAUAAAAUCAGUGAGAGCUGUUUUUCUUUGCCUAAAGUAAGCGUAUAUGGUUUUGGUUUAUUUUUAAAUGCAGUAAAAAAAAUUUGACUGAUAUAUUUGUGAAAUAAUUUAUUAGUUUAUGUAGUAUGUACAAAAAUAAGAACUACAUAAUUUUUAUUUUUUAUAUUAUUCAAUUUUUAACACAUCAUAUUUCUUAUAGUAUUAUUUUUGUAAUGCAGCAUGAUAUUAUUAGUUGUUUCGAUAUACUAUAAAAAUUACCUGUUGAUUACAGAACCCUUACACAUUGGACCAGUUAAAAAUUUUCGCCAAUUUAUGUGUCGUCGACAAUCAAAUACACCAGACGGUCAGCGAUUUAGUCGAGGAAUCGUGUUUAAACAUUCCUAAAAAUAUAAUUAACGUAGUAUAGAAACAUGAUUUGCGUACAAUUAAUAUUAAUUUAAUUCAAUUUAAUGUUAAUUAAUAUUACCUAUAUUUGUGAAUACAAAAUAUCAAAUUUCAAAAUAUUAUUCAGCUAUUAUUAAUAAAUGUAUCUAAAGAAUAAGCAAUAAUAAUACAGAGCAAUAU